AAACAUUAAGAAAUCGGAAUGGGUGGGCCAACAGGGGACAAAUUAUGUUAACUAAGAAAUUUUAGAAGCCAAGGAGAGAACUACAAAGAAUAGCAAGGCUGGAGUCCACAGGAUUCUAAGCUGGAGAGGUCAGCUUGUAGCCCGUGGCUCCCGUGCCAGCCCCUGAGGUCUGGGGCGUGGUGGCAAUAGCAACUGUGCUGCAUCCUUUCUUUGAACAGAUGGCAGACGAAUUCAACUUGGGUGCGGAGCUCAAAUCCCAGAAUUAUUCCAAGAGCUCAGUCCGGCAUGAUUCAGCAGAAUUCUCAACUUCCUCUUCCAUGGAGUCGCUGUUACAUAGCUUGAGGGUCAUCAAAGCCAAUAAGGAUGACAAGUUUGCCAGUAUCAUGAAUGCGCUGGGGGAGUUUGGCACAUUCCAGCAGAGGCUGGUGGCCCUCACCUCCUUCCCCUUCAUCCUGCUGGCCUUCUUCACUUUCACUGACAUCUUCGUGUUCACAGCCCAGAAGCCCUAUUGCAACACCAGCUGGAUCCUGGCAGUGGGCCCGAACCUGUCAGAGGAGGAGCAGCUGAACCUGACCCUGCCCCGGGAUACCGAUGGUAAUUUCAUGACAUGCCUCAUGUACAUGCCUGUCACCUGGGAUCUGGAUUCGAUCAUCAAGUUUGGCCUCAACUACACACAGUCAUGCUACAAUGGGUGGAUCUAUCCUCACAGCAAGACGCGGUCGAUAAUCAAUGAGUUUGACUUGGUGUGUGAGGAGGAAAUGGCCUCGGACAUCAUGAAGACCGUAUUCCUGGCUGGCCUCAUGGCAGGGUCGUUCCUGUUCGGGUUAAUAGGUGACAGGAUCGGCCGCUGCCCCUCCAUCCUGCUGUCGAUCCUGGGGAUGAUGGUCUUCGGCUUCGGGACAGCCUUCGUCAACAGCUUUCAACAGUACUUGUUUUUCCGCUUUGGGACGUUCCAGGCGUCGACAGGCUAUUACAUCAACAGUGUAGCUUUAACUACUGAGUGGCUGACGUGUGAGCACCGGGGCCACUCGGUCCUCCUGAAGCAUUGCCUUUUCUCUCUGGGGAUUCUGUUCCUGGUGGGGCUGGCCUACAACCUCCCCCACUGGCGGCUGCUGUUCCUGCUGGGCGGGGCCCCUGUGUUCUCCUUCAUCCCCUUCAUCUGGAUCCUCCCAGAGUCCCCUCGGUGGCUGAUGGUGAGAGGGAAGGUGGAGACCGCCAAGCAGUUGCUGUGCUAUGCAGCCAGCGUGAACAAGAAGACGAUUCCUUUAAGGCGUCUGGACAAGCUACAGGUACCUGAAAAGAACGUACGGCACGCCUCAAUCCUGAACUUCUAUAACAAUAAGAACCUGUGCAAGAUAACCUUGGUGAUGGGCUGUAUGUGGUUCACCAUCAGUCACAACUACUUUAUAAUGGGCUUCAGGAUGAAGGAUUUUGGUCUGAGCCUCCACAUCAGCCAGGCGAUUCCUCGCCUGAUUGAGGUGCCCGCCCACCUAUGCUCCGUCUUUCUCCUCAAGCUGAUGGGGAGGAAGGGGAGCCUGGUUGUGACUAUCUCCCACAACACCUUCAUGAACUUGCUGAUGCUUCUCUUCCCCUCAGAGUCGAAAUCCUUCCGGGCCUUGAUGGUCGUGCUCGGAAAAUUCAGCCAGGCCGCCUCAGUUGCCAUAUUCUUCACCUACACCGCGGAGCUCUUCCCUACUGCCCUCAGGUCGACGGGUCUAGGACUGGUGUACCUGGCCUGGGUGCCUGGAGGCGUCUUAUCCUUGGCCCUCAUCAGCCGGAACCUCACCACCAUUUCCAGUUCGCUCUUCUGCAUCUUAACCAUUUGCGCCCUGUUGCUCUGCUUCACGCUUCCAGAAACGUGCGACUGGCCCCUCGCUGACUAUCCGGAUGACUGUUCCGCUCACGACAGGUAGGUGUGUGAGGCCCCUGGGCUCUGGAAUGUAGCCCAGAGAGGCUGUUGGGUGCCGUCCAACCCUGCUCCUCUCCCCCCAAAGGGCCG